CCUUUCACUUUCCCUUUGAGAAAAAUUCAUUUCAAAAAGUUCAGCUCUUGGCCUGUUUCUUAAUUUUCUUAAUUUUUUCAACUUUUCCAAAAUGUUUGAAAACGUAGAAAAGUAUUUAACCAGCGUUCAAGAAGCCACCAUUGGCAACAAGAGCCAAGUGGUGGGCUCCUUCGUAUCCCUGCGGGAUAAUCACGUAAAGAACACCAGUCUUUACAUUGCCCAGCCGGAAGAGUUUAUCAAGAAAGUUGGUUUGAUGAAACCAUUGGAUGAAGUGAUCUCCGCUCAUCUGAAGGUGAUGUAUAAUUUGACCCUGAAGCCACCCAAUUACAUAGGGGCAUAUGUACAACAAGAUUUGGCCUGCAAGAUGGUGGGCCGACUUGUUGAGGAAUUGAAAUAUGAAGACUGGUGUCUUGCCUUAAUGUAUCGCCUGUGCCUGGACCUUCGUGUUUUGGCCAAGAUGUGUGAGAAGCGUUGCCCUGGUAUGAGACCUGGCCAAAAGCGAGCGGAGGCUGCCGAUUCGAUAAUGGGUUGCUUUCGCAUCUGUACCAAAGGACCAGAGACCACAAAACAUUUGAGUAUGAUAUUUAUGGUGAAUCAACUCUUUAAGAUUUACUUUCGCAUCAAUAAGAGUGCCUUAUGCACGCCCCUCAUCAAGGCCAUUGAGAAUUGCAAUGCAAAGGACUCUUUUCCAAUGCAAGAGCAAAUUACCUACAAUUAUUUCAUGGGCAUUCGAGCCAUGUUCGAUUCUCAAUAUCCCGAAGCCGUGAAGAAGUUUUCAUUUGCAUUUAUCAAAUGCCCAGAUCGCUUUACUACGAACAAGCGUUUAAUUCUAUACUAUUUGGUGGUGGUGAAAAUGCUUCUGGGUUAUCUACCAAGCAAAUCAGGUCUCGAGCGUAAUAAGCUUAUGUUUUUUUAUGAAUUGACCAUGGCUUUAAAGUCCGGAAAUGUUGGUAAAUUUGAUGAGUUUGUUAAGAAAAGGGCAUUAUUCCUAAUACGCAGCGGUAUAUAUUUGGCUGUGCAAAAGCUUAAAAAUAUCGUAUAUCGUAGUUUAUUCAAGAAAGUGUUUAUCAUACGCAAAAGCCAUGAACUGGAAAUGAGUGAAUUUCAAGAAGCCUUGAAAUUUGUGGGCGUAAAGGAUGUGAAAUUGGAUCAGGUGCAUUGCAUAGUAGCAAAUCUAAUAUGCGAAGGCAAGAUCAAUGGCAAGAUUACUGGCAAUCAAAAACUUGUGAUUUCCGAACAGGAUCCAUUUCCAGCACUUAUUAGCAAGUAAGUUUUCUAGACAGACAGACAGAGAGAGAAAGAGAUUGUGAGCGACCCUGGGCUUGGGUAUAAACAAGACAAGACACAGGGAUUACGAAUGACGUUAUCUGCAGCUUUUAUCGUUAUCUCGACGCCUUUUUGGACAAAGGCAUUGAAGCAUUACAACACAAUCAUCAGCAAACAGCGAAAACAACAAAAGCCACGACCAGAGCCACCCUAAAAACCCACUCUUUGUGGUCAACCAUUUCACUUUCAACUUCCAACUUCAAAAACCCAAAUCCUAAACCCAAAUCCAAAGGCCAAGCCCAGGCGAAGACAAGUUAAUGCGCCAAUUAAAUUGCCACUACUCGCAAGCAAACUCUUCUCUUCAAUGCAAUUGUUUUUAUGUAAAUUUGUUGCACACACCAAAAAAAGCAGCAACAAGA